AUGUACGUAAAGCCAAUAUCCUCUCUUACACACAUAGGCAGAUACUAUGUGCGCAUCAUAAAGGACUUGAAUGUCAUCAAACAGAUUCCAGCUGGAUCUACUGUGCUUGUUGGUGGAUUCGGAUUGUGCGGUAUACCUGAAUGCAGCAUCAAUGCCUUAAAGGAGGCUGGAACAAAAAAUCUGACUGUAGUUAGUAACAAUUGUGGAACAACUGACUUGGGAUUGGGAUUACUUUUGAACAAUGGAUAAUUGAAAAGAGUGGUUGCAUCAUAUGCAGGAGAGAAUCACAACCUUGCCAGGUAAUACUUUGAUGGUACCUUGGAAUUGGAAUUAGUCCCUCAAGGCACUUUGGCAGAGAAGCUAAGAGCAGCAGGCGCUGGUAUCCCUGCAUUUUACACUCAUACUGGUACAGACACAGUUGUUGAAAAGGGAGGAAUUCCAAUCAAAUACCACAAAGGAGGUGAUCGUGUAGAAAUAGAAUCUAAACCAAAACCUGUUGAAUACUUUAAUGGAAAGAAAUAUAUUAGAGAAGACUCAAUCUGGGGAGACUACGCAAUUAUCAAAGCAAACAUGGCUGAUACGAAUGGUAAUCUCAAGUUUGUUGGGACAGCCAGAAACUUUAAUCAAGAUAUGGUUAAAGCAGCUAAGGUGGUUAUUGCUGAGGUCGACACAAUAGUGCCUGUUGGUAGCUUUGGUUUCGAUGAGGCCCAUGUCAAUGGAAUUUAUGUUGAUUACCUCUAUCAAGGAAAUAAUUACUUAAAGACAGUUGAAAGACUUGUGUAUGACUAGAGUGUGUAUGACAAACAUAAGGAUAUCAAACCACAAGGAAAAUUGAAUUAGACUAGAAAUAGAAUUGCUAAAAGAGCAGCCCAAGAAUUCAAAGAUGGAAUGUAUGUUAACUUAGGUAUUGGAAUUCCAACUCUCAUUCCUGCUUUCCUUGAUAAAAGCAUGACCAUUCACUUCCAUACAGAAAUCGGAGCUAUCGGAGUAGGAUCCUAUCCUAAAUUGGGACAAGAAUUGGGAGAUCUCUAAAAUGCAGGAAAAGAAUCAUGCACUCUCAAUCCAGGAGCCACUACUUUUGAAAGCAGCGAAUCAUUUGGUAUCAUCAGAGGAGGUCAUUUGGAUAUGACUGUUUUGGGAGCUAUGCAAAUUACUAAAUAAGGUGAUAUUGCUAAUUGGGUCAUUCCUGGAAAAAUGGUUAAGGGAAUGGGAGGAGCCAUGGAUUUAGUUGCCUCAGGAUCCAAAGUACUUGUUGUGAUGGAACACACUGCCAAAGGAGAAGUCAAAUUUGUUAAAGACUUACAAUACCCAGCCACAGGAAUGAAUAAAGUCAGCUAAGUUAUUACCGACAAGGCUGUCUUUGUUAAAAGAGAUGGACAAUUAGUAUUGACUGAAAUUUCAAGUGACACUACACUAGAGUGGGUUAGAGCUAAUACAGGAUUUGAAUUAACAGUUGCAGACGACUUAAAAUCCUUCUAAGUUUGAUUUAAUAUAAAGUUUUUAAUAUAUUGAUAAACUCAAAAAAAAA